AAAGUAAAAGGUUGUUUUUGGUAAAUGGAUAGCGAAUAAUAACGCAUCAAUUUUCAACGCGUUGUGUUUCGUAAAAUGUACAAAAGUGUUAGAAAAAAGAUUGAAACUGGAGGAACGAGUUGAAAUCGAAAGUUGUUAAAUGUAUUGUUAUUACUUCUUUAAAAGCACACAAAUUCGCCACCCGAAAGCAAAAUACAACUAUUCUCUGGUCGGUUGGGUGGAAUCGAUAUCGAAUAUUUUGUAAAUAGGCACUUGUUUCGUUCUUCAAUCUUUUAAACGAAUGAUGUGAUGCAUAUUUAGAAAUAAUGUGUCUUUUAGUGUUUUGAAAUCAAUAAAAAGAGUGAUGAGUGUCUUUUAUUCUCUUCCUUCUCUAAUGAUGCAAAAUCUCCAAUAAAUUUGAUGAUUUUGAUUAGAUGAUAUAUAUUUAGAAAAAAAGUGUUUGACUACCCUUCUUAAACUAAAUCAAGAACGUUGAGAACAUAAUUAAUUUGACUGUAAAAUGGGUUUCUACAAGUCUCUUAACUUCAUUUUAAGAAAUAAUAUAUUUAGUAAUAUUGUAAAACAAAGAACAAGCAAUUGUUUUCAAUCCUUUUUUGUGCCAAGAAAAGUACUUUUAUACAUGAACAUAAACUCUUACCUUUCUUUUGAGAGAUGUACCAACAUUAAAAAAAUGCAUACAUCUCAGAGUUUAAAUAAAAAAAGUGCAGCUGAAGAAAUUCAACAUUUAGCAGAUCUCAUAGUGACAGAAAAUUCUAAUGAACUCUGUAAACAAGAAUUGAUCAAAGUUUUAGACUUCCUUGUAUCUAAAGGAUACAAAAUAAGUAAUAUCAAGGACAAAUGUUUGAACUUUUUAACACCUUCAAACAGCUCAUACAUUAAAGUUCUGCAAAUUGCUGAGUUAGGUGCAGAUAUUUUGGAAUUGAUACCUUUUAUGAACCUUUCACUUCAAUCGCUUCGUAAUGCUGCCCAGCAAGCGAAAGAAGACAAGCAUGAGAUUACAGGUUUUCCUAAUCGCAUUUUAUAUUUGACUCAUCAUCUGGAAACUCCCAUAGAAGAACUAAUACCCGCCCUUACGAAGCACUCAUCAUUGUUAACAAUGCCAUUUAGUAGAUUGGAUCAUAAAAUGAAUGUAUUGAAAAGUGCCGAGAUAAACCCACAAGACUUAGUAAAAGAUCUUUGGAUAUUUAAUUAUAAUGAAAUGCUGUUGUCCAAUCGAAUAUCUGCUGCUGAAAAGGCUGGUUUAAAAUUAAAACCGUGGAUGCUUCGUUGCUCCAAUAAGUUUUUUGUAUCCAAACUUAACAAAGAUACAGAAACUCAACGUAUCUUAGAAGGAGAUGAUAUUGUUAAGUAUUUGUCUACUAAACUAGAUUGUAGUGAAGAGUAUGUGAAGCAUUUAAUGGCAAAGAAUAGACUUCUAAAAACAAUAAAUACCAUUAAAAUCAAUCAGAUCAUCCAUUUUUUGUUUGAAAAAGGAUACACUCCUCAAGAAGUAAGACUUUGUCCCAGAGUGUUUAGUGCCAAAAUUGAAACUUUGGACCAACGCCUUCAAGAAUAUCAGAAAGUUCGAAGCACUUUACCGCCAAUACCACAGCUAUGUGCGGUAUCAGAAAAAUUCCAAAAUAAUCUCAAAAAAUAUAAAAAGGGUGAAGGAGAUGUAUAAGUAAACAAAAUUGGUUUCAUGUAAUAUGAUUGCAUUUAAAAUAAUCAUAAAUACAUGAUUUGUUAUAAUUUUGUUUUCGUUCUUCAUGUAGUUUGGAAAUUGUUUAGAAAAAAAUGAAGUUUGCAUUAGCCUAGUUUAAUUGGAUGUAGAUUUUAAUUCUACAAAAGCCUGUAUCAAAUAUUAUACCAAAGGCAAAUUAUAUUAUAUACUGUAAUAUCAAACUUUAUUUUUAAAUUAGCUCUUGUAUGUAAAAGGAUGGAAUAUCAGUUAAGUACCUCUUGGCUGUGAGGAGACCAGAUGAUACACAUCCAGUACAUGUAUGUGGGUUCUUAAUAUUAAAUUUCGUGUACAACAAACCAAGCCCUUUGAAACUUUUAUGAAUUAUUAUUUCUAUAAAUUGCUACAUCAAACAUUCUUUAGCUUAUUUAGUCCAAAAAAAUUUCACUUUAAGCAAUUCCCAUUUUCUUUUAUUAAUAUUUUUUAAAAAUUCUAAAAUAUCAUUAAGCUUAGCAGUAUUAAAAUGAUUUUAUAAAUGAUAUCACUUUUUUUUGCCACAGGGCCAUGGAACUCAUAUUUAUUAGGUUUUAUAAAUAUGUGCUCCAUGACCCUGUGACUAAAGAGGACUUCUUAGAAGUUUUAUGAGAUAAAAACCUCUAAGAAGUAGUACAUGGUUUCAAAACUUUAUAACUGCAUCAUUUUUUUAAACACUUGGAGAAUUAGGAUUUUAUACCAAAUGCCCAAAAAAAUUGACCUACAUACAGAAAAAUAUGCUGCGUUCUGCUUAGGAAGCAAAUUAUUUUUCUCUCCGAGUUUCAAAAUUGAUUACAACAGAAAGUGCUGCAGCCUGAACUGUUUCUGAUACUCGCUAAUAAUGAACAUGGUUAAGUCAUUACAAACCUUGGUUUAAUAAGUAUGAAAAAAAUGCAUUUUAACAUGGGAAUUGCUGAUUUUAAGUGACCCUCAAUAAUAAGGAAUCUCAAACUCGUAACGACUAUUUUGCCAAUUGUUAAAACAUUGUCAUACCUGAAAUCUAUGUUAAUAAGCUGACUGAUAAGUGAUAUAUAUGUAUGAAAAUUACAAAUAUAUUUUCUAAUAAACUUAAAUUUUUGCUGUUAAUAAAAGAUAUUGAACAGUG